UUUGGGCCUCAAGCAGAAGAAAAAGUUAUGCCCAGUACGACAAUAUGGUAACGCUGGUUGUGAACUUGCGACGUUGCGAGUCAGUGCUCCGUCCACCACCAUCGAGGUUGGAUGUACGGCCGUGCUCUCCCUCCUCCUCCACCUCCUGAGUAUUCCUGGCGGGCAGCGAUGAGCAAGCAGAAGAGACGCAACGCCUUCUUCUACUUCAUUAUGGCCAAGAAACCCGAGGUGGAGAAGCGGCUCAAGAGAAAGGUGGAGAAGCGGCUCAAGAGAAAGGUGGAGAAGCGGCUCAAGAGAAAGGUGGAGAAGCGGCUCAAGAGAAAGGUGGAGAAGCGGCUCAAGAGAAAGGUGGAGAAGCGGCUCAAGAGAAAGGUGGAGAUGGCCAAGCUGGUGACGGCGGAGUGGCAGCCAUCGUGCUGCCUCGGCCAGGAAGCACUCGCUGGAGACUCACAAGCUGCUGGGUGACUCGGAGGGCUUCGGGAACAGCCUUGAGGAAACUGCCGAGAAUCUGAAGCAGCUCUUGUCCAAGUGAUGAUGCUCCCAGCCAGGACUGGGAUGAGGACGUCCCUGUCCACACCCUGCAGCGCAAUCAGCACACCACAUGUUGAACACUGUCACAGGUCAAGAUCUUCUCCCCGGACCUACUGUACCGGUUGAUGUACUUGACGGCAGUGAGUGACAUCCCCCUGUCCGUGGCCACUGACAUGCUGGAAGAGUGUGGCCUGGACUACCUCCCCAA